AUGGAGGUACAUUUAUACACACAGGAAAUAAUUCAUCGCGGCACCGAGCCGAAGCUUCUACUGGAGGAAAGCUACGAAAUAAAGGGCGCGUAUCCUCGUGGCUUCUUUGUGGUCAUGGCCCAGAGGAACAUUCAGCAUAAUUUUGUCUUUCGGUAUCCGGAUCAUCCGUGGUUCCAGGAUUUGUAUGGUUUGCGUAAGAGCGCUUAUUUCGCUAUGAGAACUGAGGACGGUGAGAUGUGGGAGUGCCAUCUAAAGAGCUCAAGAGAUAACAAGCAUCUUUUUGGCUACUUGUGCAAGCACGAGGACAUGCUCCGUAUCGUUAAUGAAUCAAUGGAGGGUCUAUUGUACUCGCGAAAAUUACCACUCGUUCUAGAUUUGGAUGAUACAUUGGUCCGCUUGGUAGGCGAGGGCAAUGAUAGACAUGUACCGGAAAGUGACGUCCAUAGGUGUAAGUGCUAUGGUAAUCGCGUGGUGCCCUUGAGUGAUAAUCGACGGGUCGUUUUAACAGAACGCGUACAUGAGUUUCUGGAUUGGGCCCAAAACUUUUACGAGAUCUCAGUUUGCUCUUUGGGUGACCAGAAUUACGUCGAAAAUGUUGUCAACGUACUGGACCCUGAACGGACACGUAUUCGAGGUAUCCUGUACUCGGCUCGUUUCGAACAUGACUACAUAAAACGGUCGUUUGAUCCUAGCCGACCACCCAAGGACCUUAUGGCCCUUUACUCCUUUUGCGCUCUUCAAGAACGAUCGCUAGGCUGUGGUUUCUCGUUGCCGCUGAUCAUCGAUGACGAAACUCGCAUGUGGCCGGUGGAUCAACACGACAAUAUCAUUGUGGUGAAAAGCCAGACUGGAAACUCUAUGUGGAACGUGAACUUGUUUCCCUUAAUACAAGAGACGCUAGUCAACAUCCAUCAAGAUUUUUUUCGACAGCUGGACUCGUGGCGUAACAAACACAUGGAAGCACAACAAAAUGGGUUCAUUUGUACGCGGGAGCCUCCCAGCGCUUGUGGCAUUUACAAGACCUAUUUGCGAAGCAUGUUUAGAGACAUGAUUGCAUCAAGGCGCGUGUAG